AUGUCUAUAUCUGUCGAACACCAGGCUUUGCACCCAGAGAAUACCUGUAUCACGAUCGAUGUAGACGCCGAGAAGAAGCUCGUCCGAAAGAUCGAUCUCUAUUUGAUGCCUUCAGUCUUCAUUCUUUACCUUUUCUCCUACAUGGACAGAUCGAACAUUGGUCUUGCAAAAAUCGCCGGAAUGGAAGAGGAUCUGCACCUCACAUCAGAUCAAUACUAUACAGCCGUGAUAGUAUGGGUGAUUGGCUAUACUAUCUCUGCCGUGCCAUCCAACAUGAUUCUCUCUCGGACUCGCCCAUCAGUUUUCCUUCCAAUAAUCACAUUCGCAUGGGGAUCUAUCGCAGCCUUAAUAGGUGCUGUCCGUCAUCAAAGUCAACUGAUAGCCCUGAGAUUCCUUCUUGGGGUCUUCGAAGCAGGGUUCAGUCCAGCCGUGAUCUUCUUAAUUUCCACAUGGUAUCGAAAGAACGAGCAAUCCAAACGGUUCAUAAUCUUCCUAACCGCAGGUAUACUCUCAGGAGCAUUCGGGGGCGUAAUCUCAGGAGCUAUCACAUCGACAUUAGAUGGCGCACACGGUAUCCGCGGCUGGAGAUGGCUCUUCAUUGUCGAAGGACUCGCAACUGCCGGGAUAAGCCUGAUCGUCCACUGGACUCUACUCGACUACCCGCACAGCAGUCGCGGGCUAUCCCCCGAAGAACGAAAGCUAGCCCAACAGAGACUCCUCAAAGACGGAAUCGCCGACCAAGGCGACUUGAAAAACCAGACCACCUCGAUCUUCGUACUCUUGUUCAAAGCACUCUUGAAUUGGCGAACCUGGGUACUGAUCCCUGGCUACAUGACCAUAUCCGGAGCUGGGGCUAUCUCAUACUUCUAUCCAACGUUGGUCCACGAGAUGGGGUACACCUCUACCGCCGCGCAGUACAUGACAGCUCCGCUCUAUAUUACUUCUCUAGCUGCGGCUAUCCCUAUUUGCUGGUUGGCUGACCGCAAACCCCAUGCUAGGGCACAGCUAUUGGUGGGAGAUAUGAUAGUCGGGAUGGUGUUUUUCGCUCUUAUAGCGGGCAUUCGAAACAAUACUGCGCGAUAUGUGUUUUUGUGCUUCAUUAGCAUGACUCUCUGGACGGGAAGCGCGCUUGCUCUUUCGUUUUCUACUACGUCUCUGGCUUCGGUUACUCGUGAUGUUCGUGCGAUCAUGCUCGCGUGGAUACCUGCCGUUGCUGGAUUGGCGCAGUUAUAUGGGACUGCCCUGUUUCCAGCAAAAGACUCGCCUGUAUAUGUCGUCGGGUUUUCUGUCUUUGCGGCUACUUUUACCGUCGGGGCUGUUUGUUAUGGCCUGGUAGAUAUUUGGUUCAAGCGUUAUCCAUGA